UGACAGUAAUAUAGUACAACUACAGUACGGAGGGAUCGCGGAGUCCUACGCGCCUCUUUUACCGUUGCAACUGCUGGCCCGCUCCAAGGGCAACGAGGAUUGACAGUUCAGUUGGCUAAAUCGUGGGAUUAAUAAAAAGGGAUUUUGAUUUCUCAAUCAGUAAAAUAAGGAACUUCCUUGGAUGACAUUUUGCAAACCCAGCACAUCUUUCCAGUGAGAUCUGACUGCCAGAGUCGGCUGUCUCUCAUUACUUUGCUGUUUGAUUUUGUGUUCAAGUUGGCUGUUCUGUCUUUCAAGAGGACGCCAGGUCAACAGAAAAUAUCAUAAAUAGAAACAUUUUAGCAAAGUACCUACAGGAGCAGUGAAAUUUGUGUUUUGACUAGCCGCACCAGGAAUGGUGGACCAUUUGCAUGCACGCAAGGAGACCUUCCUACCUUAUGGAGGCUCCCUGUCAAUAUGCCACCUGUCGGAUAUGGUGACUGAUGCAGGGAGUUACCAGGUGCUGUCCUCACCUUUCUCCGAGGACGACCUCAGCGACUCAUCCAGCCCUCGAUCCUGCUCCAGCCCGGACUCUCAGGUGCUCAGUUCCAGCUAUGGCAGCAGCUCUAGUGCUGAAAGCCAGGAGAGCAUCCUGGACUUCUUGCUGUCUCAGACCUCACUAGGUGGUGUGUCAGAGACUUCUCCAUCUCCUGACUUAGUGUGGGACUCGCAAACAUCAAAUCUAUCAACUCAGCACAUGAAAGAGGAGAACUUUGACUUUCCUAUCUUCUCAUCUGACCUGGAGGACCAGACAGGGCCUUUCCAUCCCACCCUGGAGGAGAUCGAGGAGUUCCUGGAGGAAAAUAUGGAAGUGGUGGCUAUGAAACAGGAGUCGGCUGAAGGCGCAGAGUUGGAAAUGACCGGCCAGAUCUCGGUAUUGUCAGAAACUGGGGCUCAGCAGCCAGACCAGAGUGCGCCUGUGUCCAGUGCCGCUGUCACCGGCCAUACCGAGACCAAAAGCACACCCACAAUGAACUCCAGCCCAGGCUCCUGUGGAAAUGUAACAAGCAAGGUUCCCAGUAAGCCGCUUUCAAUGAACAAGAAUGAGAUGCCGGUCAUCCUGCAGAUUCAACCCAUUCAGGUCAAGCAGGAACAGAGCAGCAGCCCAACCCCUCCCGCCCAGGUAUCCCCUCAGCCGGCUUCGGACAUUAAGAUUGCCCAAUUGCUGGUCAACAUACAGGGACAGACCUUCGCUCUGGUGCCACAAGCACUGGUACCUUCUUCCAGCCUUAAUGUAUCGUCCAAGUUUGUCCGCAUCGCACCCGUGCCCAUAGCAGCCAAGCCUGUGGGUGCGGGAGAAGGAGGUGCGGGGGUUCAGGCCGCAGGCCUCUUAGCUGCAGGGCAGAAGUUCCAGAAGAACCCAAUUGCGGACCUUAUCAAAAUGCACAAAUGCACUUUUCCUGGAUGCACCAAAAUGUAUACCAAGAGUAGUCACCUGAAAGCACACCUGAGGAGACAUACCGGGGAGAAGCCCUUCGCCUGCACCUGGCCAGGCUGUGGUUGGAGGUUCUCCCGCUCAGAUGAGCUCUCCCGCCACAGGCGUUCCCAUUCAGGCGUGAAGCCCUACCAGUGUCCUGUUUGUGAUAAAAAGUUUGCCCGCAGCGAUCACCUGUCCAAACACAUCAAAGUUCAUCGCUUUCCUAGAAGCAGCCGGACGGUUCGUGCCACAAACUGACCCUUUGUAACUUUUCAGUGGAUGGAGAUCAAGAAGAGAUAGGAUCUACGCGCACCUCUGUGUGCUUGUAUGUUGAGGAGGGUGUUUGUGGAACUGUGAUAAUUUAUGGUGUCAAGUCAGAACACAGACACAUUGAUCUUUGACGUUGUUGAGGUUCUUGCAAGAGGUAUUUUUGUAUGUUUCUCUUGUUUUUAUUUCCAGUUAUUUUUUAAAUUUCAA